GGUACUCGGAGGAGCCCAAGUUUGCACUCGACCUCCGCCGGCGAGGGUGACACUGUGCAGAUCACGACUGCGAGGUGAUCGGCGACCCCGCGCCGUCUGGCUCAGGGGACGGCGGGCAGCCGGUGGCUUCAGAGCGGCCGCAUUGGACGGGCAGACGGCGCAGUUGACGCUGGACGGCCAGUACUCGUGCGAGGCGCGCAGUGAGAUGGGCAGCGUCGUGUGCUGCGCCGACUCGAGCUCAUCGACGCCCAAGUUGGAGUGAGGAGCACAAGGACUAGCCUCACCUUUCACCUUCUGACUCGCAGGUGGUUUAGCGAGUGUGGGCAAGCAGAUGGCGCUGCGCCAGUGGCUGAGCGAAGAAGGAGGCGCGCGGGCAUCGGAUUUGAGAUCCCCAGAUUGCUUCGUCACGGCGGCGCACAGCAUGUCGCAGGCGUGGAAAAGCACCUUCGAGGCGGUGCAGACGGCGGCAAAGCCUUUUUUGGGGCCACGAAGAACCCUGCCAAGUUUGUCUUGCUGAAAGGCAAGGAGCUGUCCAAUUCCACAUAUAGGAUGGAAUCAAAGACGCAAGGACCUGCUCGAGUGGCUGGCCACGCUGACCCAUUGCGCAGCGUGACGCUAGAGACGCCGCACGAACGCUUCUUCCAGCUGAUCCACAUGGACAGCAUCGUCAAGGCGCUUGAUGCCCUCUAGAAUCCACCAACCGCUGAGGAAAACAAGCCCCAACAGUGCUGGCAGCGAUUUAAAAGAUCAAUGAGCUGUGUCAGAAGGACAAACUCCUGGAGGACCAGCGGAAGAUCAUCGUCGAGAUCCAGAUAAAGCUGGACGAAAAGCAGAAGGAGCUGGAGGGGCUGCGGCAGUCGCUGGACACGCAGCACUCGACCGUGGAAAGGCUGGAGGUGGACAAGCAGCAGCUGCAGCAGCGGCUCCUCGAGGCCAACGAGAAGCUGGAAAAGUCGGCCAAGCGACUGGAGGGUGACGUGUGCGGUGCUGGUCUGCAGCAGUAGUGUUUGAGGUGCCAGCGAGGCGGCCAGCGAUCACCAGGUGAAAUCGAGGACCACGGCUACAUUUUGGUGCCCGAGCAGAAAGACGCCCUGUUGAGCGGCCAGCUGUCCCGACCGCCCGGCCUGCUGUAUACCGAGUCCAUCCCACGCACCACACCCAUCCAGAAGCAAACCAUCCUCCAUGCGGAGGUGCGAGGCCGACUUUUCCCGAGUGCAUCGUCACGCUGAGUUGCAAGGAUAUCCGCAAAUUGAAGCAGCAGCAGCCUCCGCCAGCAGCACAUGCAGGUGCAACCACCGACCCUGCGGCCGCCGCCCGUCGCUGAGAGCGAUUCUUUCGUAUGUGGAUGUCCAGCACAACAUACCCAUGCCCACCAGCCGGACGAGAGGCUCAAUUUUGGCGACAGAUUUUUAAUGCCUGGCUCUUCCUCCGAGUGGCUUCGGCAUCAAGGUGCUGAACGUUGAGUGGACGGACGAUGCGUUGUUCGAGUUCGCAGUUGAGGAUUACGUGUUUACGUGCGAUUGUCCAUCGCCAACUUCGUCUGUGUCUUCGACAUCGUCGGCCAGCUGGUUGGAGCACUGGGCUGCAUCCUCGGCGCUUGCGGCAUGGCGGCGCACUUCUCACCCGCUCGGGCGAUUGUCGGCAACCCCUUAAGCAGCCGGAACGUGGCACCUUCGCGCGAUCUCAUCCCCAACAGCGUUCGGCAGCACGUGCAACGCGUCAACGUCAGGCCGCCUCCAAGCUAGGCCGACGCCCUGAAGAAGCCUGAGCCGCCCAGCAUUCAGGUUACGCCCGCCACCAGGGUUCCUCCCAGCGACUUGAAGAUCGCCCUGUCCUACACUGAAAAGCAGCAGAAACUGAUAGCACUGCGCAAAUUGAUUCCUUUCACUGACAAGAUGAUGGAAAAGCGGCGAGCGCGAGUUACUGCACGCUGAUUUAAUUGUCCACACGCAAAACGAGGUGCAUGGGAAUAAAGAGGCGGAGCGAAGCACAGUAUGCACAAGUGCGCAUGCGUGGUUGGCAGCUGGCACUGGCACUGGCAGUCUCCAUCCUCCAUCUCCAGUCUGGCAGCGACAUCGGCUGGAGGAAGACGUGCGCGGUGCUGGUCUGCAGCCGUGACAGGCGACUAUCGAGGACCAUCACAUUUUGGGUCGUCGAAGAGGGCGCAACAGUGCGGUUCCAGUGCGCAAUCGUCGGCCACCCGACGCCCUGGGUGACCUGGGACAAGGACGGCCUGAUCCUGACGCCGUCGCGCAGACUGACCAUCAAGGAGAAAGACGAUCUGCGCCUCGUCGAAAUCAGCGAGGUGACCGUGGAGGACGCCGGCCUCUACAGAGCCACCCUGGAGAACGACGUCGGCCGCAUCGAGGGUAGCGCCAGGCUGGACGUCAUCGAUGCUGAUCGCUGAGGAGACGGAUGAUGCUUAGCUCGAGUUCGACGUUGAGGAUUGCGUGUUUUCGCGCGAUUGUCUAUCCCCAACGUCGUCCAUGUCUUCGUCAUCGUCGGCCAACUGCUCGGAACACUGGGCUGCAUCUUUGGCGCUUGCGGCCGGGGCGUUGGCCUUUUUGGCAGUGCUGCCGUCCAAUUCUCAUCCGCUGGGGCGAUUGUCGGCAAUCCUUUCAGCAGCGGGAACGACGGAAACGUGCAUCCUUCGCGCGAUCUCAUCAAUAGCCUUCGGCAGCACGUGCAACGCGUCAAUGUCAAGCUGGUUUCCAGCCUGGCCGACGCCGUGAAGAAGACGAAGCCGCCCAGCAUCCAGGUUACGCCACGCCACCAGGGUCCCAUCCAGAAAGUCAGACGCGAUUGAGUCUGUCCAAGAGCGUCAAGCAGUUUGCAAACAAGGCUCUAAACUGUGGUGACGCGGAGAACAAGUUGGCCGUUCCCGAACCGACGCUAAAAAGCUGGCCAAGCCUCGGUCGCCGAGAGGAACUGUUUGGAGACUCCUCGCUGGCUGACCUCACUCUAAAGUCAGACCAGCGUUGGCGUUGGCUCCUUGAGCGCGUCUCCUUGUCCUCGCUCGAGAAGCAGACCGUCGAGCUGACCAAUGCCAAGUCAGCCGCUUUCACAAGUCACCAUCAGACUCGCAGGCAUUGCACUGGCAGAUGCUGGAGGAUGCGUGCUCUGUUGGCCUGCGGUCGUAAUUUAGUUGCCCGGGACCCGGCCAGCGACCAUUAAGUGACUGUGGAGGACCAUAGCUGACCCGCGGCCACACACAGGGAUAAAGGGGCCUUUGAGGCGGCUGGCAACCACCAGGCGGCCAUCGAGGGCCGUGGCCGGCCAUGGACGGCAUGCAGGACAAGUCGGAGGGUCCCGCUCAGCCAGAUUCUGAUUGUCAGGGUGCGAGGCUGACUUCUCCCAAGUGCGUCGUCACGCUGGCUUGCAAGGACUUCCGCAAAUUACAGCAGUAGCUGCCUCCGCUAGUAGCACAGGUCCAACCUCCGACCCUGGCUGACCCGCGGCCACAGAGUGGGAUAAAGGGGCCUGCGAGGCGGCCGGCAACCACCAGGCGGCCAUCGAGGGCCGUGGCCGGCCAUGGACGGCGUGCAGGACAAGUCGGAGGGCGGAGGGCCCCGCUCAGCCAGAUUCUGAUUCCCAGGGUGCGAGGCCGACUUCUCCCAAGUGCGUCGUAUUAACGCUGACUUGCAAGGACAUCAGCAAAUUACAGCAGCAGCUGCCUCCGCCAGCAGCACAGGUCCAACCUCCGACCCAGGCUGACCCGCGGCCACACACCGGGUGAGUGAGUACAAUUUAUACUGCAUUAUUUCAUAUUUUGGGGGCAACGUAUAUUUUUUAUACAUACUUCAUUAAAAUUUUGCGAGCCACGAAGCAAUAAUUUGCAUCUUGUUAGCGGAAAAUUGUGCCAUUUUUAAUAAACAAACGAUUGCCAACUUUCUUAUUUUGCAAUAAAUGGGAGAUAUUCAAUUCAACGCCGAAAAUUUGAGUGUUUGUUGAGCGAUGCGAAAUUUACCGCAAUCAAUAACAAGCCGAAUUCAAAGUUUUAAGUCUUACCGCGCAAUUUGACAUUAGAGUUGGUGAUUGGCAGCGACGCGAGCGGAAGUAUUAUAAAGUACGGUGUGUCGCUUGGGUAGCUUGUCGCUUCUUUUUUGAGGCUAGUCGCCAUUGUGGCAUGUAGGCAGGUGCAGCUGCAAGCCAAUCGCCAUUUUAUUAGCACAGUACAGUGAUGCGGUCGUGAUUUAGGGGCCUUCUGCGGUUGCGGCCAUCGGCCGCACCGACCUUUAAGAUGUGCUCUUUAAGAUCGUGCGAGUUUGCCAUCGCCACUUCGCCGCGGGGAGCUAUGCAGUAUGCAG